UUAUUUUUGACGUUCGCCCGAUUUGUUUCUGAUGUUUGUGUCGCUUUCACUUUGAUUUUGCUCAUAAUCUCGAGAUGCAAUGCGUAAUCAAGACGGAACCUGCCGUGGAUUUCCACUUCCAAGAUGUAGGCGAUCCCACGCCUUCCUCGAGUCAAUACAUGAAACGACGAUGUUCUAUGGAUAUUGGUCCCACGUCACGGGUUCCGAAUGUAACUGAUUCUUCUACCGAUGCUAUGAAUCGCUUACUGCAAAACUGGGGGUUGGAGGCUUUAAUUCACAGAUUUGCUGAACACUUGAUCGACUUGAGCGUGCUGGACUACAUGCUGGAUGUUGAUAUCGUAGAUUUGUGCCAAGGUUUACCAAUCCGGUACAGGCUUCUGCUGAGACACAAUCUGCGAAACGGAUACCAUAAAGACAGUCUCGCCCCCGAUCAGCCAAAUAAACGACAGCACACUACAGUCGAAACCAACGAAAAUAGUCUUUACGAAAUUCACUCAAAUUUCGUGGAUAAUUGCAUGCCACCUCCGAAUUUCGUGUCAGUACCAGGAUCAUCGCCCGCGAAUGAUAAUAAUUUUACUGGAGCUGAAUAUAAGACUGGCUAUACGUUCACGCCACGAUCGGCCGACGUUACGAAUGAAGAGGAACUCAGGAUGAGCGAUUCCGAUUCGGAAAGUCAAAUGGACGCAGAAGCACCCGAAGAAGUGGCCACCGAUAGACUGAUUCCGGAGAAAUCCAAGGCAUUGUAUGAAGGUUCGUAUAAGAAGUUUGAUGAAUGGCGCUCAAGGAACAAUUACACCACGGUGGACGAAAACGCCAUGCUGGCGUAUUUCUCGCAAGAGAUGGGCAACCAAAAGCCCUCAACAAACUGGAGUCACUUUUCUAUGCUGAAGGCUACCAUUAACAUGAACUUGGGCAUAAACAUUAGUGGUUUUACGAAUCUGGUAUCAUAUCUGAAGCAAAACUGUGACGGGUACAGUCCAAAAAAGUCGAAAAUUCUUACGAAAGGCGAAAUAUUUCGAUUUUUGAAGGAAGCCGACGAUGAAAAGUAUCUAGCCCUCAAGGUUGUACUGAUCGUUGGGGUGUACGGGGCUUGUCGAAGAGAAGAAAUACUGAAACUGACGUUAAACGAUAUUGAAGAUACAGGAAACAGCGUGAAAAUUACCGUUCCCAACUCGAAAUCGAAAACACUCAGACAGUUCGUGAUCACUAGAGGUAGCGAUCCUGAAGUGGACAUGGUAAAGCUGUUCCGUUUGUAUGCUCAGAAGCGACCGGUCGGCGUUCCACACUCGCGAUUUUUCAUUGGCUAUCGCUAUGGAAAGUGUACCAAACAAGCAAUUGGAAUUAACUCGAUUGCCCACAUGCCGAAACAGAUUGCUGAAUUCCUCCACCUGCCCUCCCCGCAAGAAUAUACGGGACAUUGCUUCCGUCGCUCGGCAGUUUCCCUGCAGGGAGACUCAGGCGUGGAUAUAGCUAUCUUGAAGAGACAAGGAGGAUCUACAAGCAAAAUGCAUGCAAUAACAUUCAAUCUCGAUACAGAUGUUUAAUUAGGAACGUGUUAUUAUCCCUAGAUGUUAUCAAACAAUUAUUUAUUAAAUUUAAAAUUUAUUUAUUCAUAUCAUUAGACAGUUAAAUGUAAGGAAGUGGAUCAUAAUUCGAAUUUGAGUUGGAGUGUAACGCUUAACGCGUUUAGUCGUUCAAAUAGCAUUACAUCCUCAGCUCUCCUGGCAAAAGACUUAAGCCUUAGUUAGGCCUUUGAAUAUAUUAAACAAAUGAAAACAAA